AAAAAAUAGCUAUUAAUGAAUCAUACUUUAUACAAGCAAUACCCUCCUACAUCACAAUUUUGAGUGUGAAGCAGAUUAUAAUUAUGACUAAGGAAUUAUUUCAGUGCCUAUUACAGCUUUGCUGUUUUGCUAACUGAAUGAACUAAUAUUACUGGUGUUGCUCAGGAGACUUAACCCAUGGGAGCAUAUGUGUUGCAUCAAGUGACACAGCUUUCAAACAAGCCCAAGUAAGCACAAGAGAGUCAAUAAAGGAUCCCCGUCUGUUCCUCCCCAAUACCAUACCACUCUCCCUGUGGACAAUUAACUUCACAUAAACCAGUGUGCACAGCACACACAUUAUCACACGCACAUAUAUACAGACAACUGCACACAAAGUCAUUAUGCAUGCCAAAAUGAUGAUCUCUUGAUUUAAAAUCUUGUCCUCCCAAUGCUGUAUCUUUUAUUCUUUCUGAAAAAGAAAGAACUUUGACAUAAUGAUCUACAGCGCAAGGUAUUCUGGGAGCAUGGACUGCAAGGUUUGGGUCUAAUUUUAACAAGAGUCCCUGAAGACCGGCCUCUAUAAAUGCUUUGGAAAAAAGAACAGAGGUGAGCAUACGAAUACAAGGAGGUCCGCAGAAGUGUCUCAAACGGAUGUAAUCACACUGAGAAACAGGACUGGAAAAACAGCUUGCAAGUUUCAGAGGGGUAUGAAAUCACACGGAUAUCUUUGAGGCUCAGUUAAGCUUUAGGUCGGUCACAACAGGAGUGGUAAUGAAUCGCUGGCGGCAGUCAGUGGUGGAGAUCCAAACCAGAAAGAGGCAGGUGAAUGAAUGUGAACGGGCACAGGCUGCCCUGAGCAAAGUGACAGCCUGCUUUCAGCAAAUGGCAACCUCCUUGGGGAGCAACAUAGAUGGGAGCUUCCUUAGAGAGGAGCUGGAGGAAACCAGGACAGUAGCUCAUAAAAUAUGCUCAGGGCUUCACCGGAGGCUGCUAACUCUGCUGACAGAAAUGGAGCAAGGACAAGAGGACAAAGAACAGGUUGAACGACUUUGGGUGAUCUUCUUGUCCAGCUUAGAAAACUUCCAGCAGGACCUAAAGAAGGUCAAAGCCUUGCAAGAGAUAUUCCCCCUCACCCAACGCAAAGAUCGACAAGCCCUUGUCAACACAGGUUAUGCUGGUGGAACUUCGGAAGUAGCAGCUCGAGCAGCCAUGGUGCAGACGCCAUGGUUAUCAAUAGAUGAGACGGAAAGACCAGACCUGAAGACCCAUAUAAGGGGGAUUGACGUUCUGCUUGAAGAAAUGCUCCAGAGAGUUAACGUGCCACUGUGGUCCGUUGAACCCACACAAGAAGCUGAUGGCGGGCAAGAAGAGGAUGAAAGCUUGGAGGACAUGAUGGAAGUGGAGGUGGUGUCUCAAAAUAAUAUAUCAGGCUGUUGCCAUCACCACAACUGCAAAGUAGGCUGUCUACUUUGUCUGCUCAGCUAAGUUCAGGAAUUGUGUGAAAUAAUUUUUUUUUUUUUUAAAUUGAGAUGCAUGAAUUCUGCAAUAACCGGUUAAUUUGUUGAUCACCAUACUUUGUAAACCCUUUUACUCAAUACAGAUUUUGAACAAUUUUCAGACUAUAUUUUCUGUGGCCAGUUGCAUAAGAUGCUUAGGCUAGUCUUACAAGUCAAGUCAGUUAUCUAUUUCCACCACCCAGCCCCAGAAAAUUGUCAUCAUUUACUCACCCUUAUAUUUUCAAAACCUGUACGAGUUUCUUUCUUCUGCUGUAUACAAAAGAUAUUUUGAAGAAUGUUGGUAACCAGACAGUUGACGGUAAACAUUGACUUGCAUAUUUUUCUCCUACUAUGGAAGUUAAUAGCUACCGUCAACCGUCUGGUUACCAACAUUCUUCAAAAUAUCUUUUUAGUUCAACAAAAGAAAUUCACACAGGUUUGGAACCAACAUAAGGGUGAAUAAAUGGUGACAUUUUUGGUCAAACUAUCCCUUUAAGACUAGGAAUAACUUUAUGACAGUUAAAUAAAGUUUCUUGGUUUCAUUUCAACCCCAAAAGUAAGACUGAUUAUUACCCAUUGACUAUCUGCUAGUUGGUCAGUCUAGUUCUUAAGACAGUCUGAACAUGUUUAUGCAACUGAACACUGAUCAGUUAUUCACCACAAAACCUUUAUAUUGUAAAUAUCAAAAAUAAAAUAUUUAACAAUCUGG